AAAAAAAAAAAACCAAACCAAAAAUAAACAAACAGUGACGGAGGAAGGAGAACUUUAGGGAAGCCAAGAAAUGAAUAGAAUAAUGGUUGAGCAGCAGCGACUGUCCUAGUAGAUGCUGCUUUAAAAUCUUUUUGUGCACAUUUAGCUACUCAUUAGUAGACAAGGUUAAGAUUGCUACAGCUGUUAGUGCCAAUGUAGAAUUUUUUAAAUUUAAAUUUAUGCAGUCAAUGUGGAAGAAACCCAAAUGUCUGCUAACCAAAACCCCAAAGUUUUAGGUAUUUUUUUUUUAAAAAGUUGAUUCAAGCAAGACAUAAAACACAUACAUAAACAAGGAGAAACAGCCUGGUUCGAGUAGCUCUCUUUCUCGUCUAGGAGAUUAUACCACAGAAGCAGAGAGAACAGGAAAGCCAUAAGAGAGGCUGGAUCAGCCUUGUCCAAGGUCUAAGUGACCUGGAGUCGGAAAAACCACAAUUCCCAGAAAUCCUGGGCCAGUGAGGGGCGGGGCUCUCCAGCGAGCCGGGCGUUUCUCCCGUGAGGCGUUUCGCGGAAGUGGCGGGAGCAGUGGCUAUGGAGGCGCGGGAGGAGAAAGAGUCUCAGGUUGCUGAGUGGUUGAAAAAAAUAUUUGGAGAUCAUCCGAUUCCACAGUAUGAGGUGAACUCACGGACCACAGAGAUUUUAUAUCACCUUGCAGAACGCAACCGGGACCGGGACAGGGACGCCUGCCUAGUAAUAGAGGACUUGAAACAAAAAGCAAACGAAUAUGAGUCAGAAGCCAAGCAUCUUCAAGACCUCCUCGUGGAGAGUGUGAACUUUUCCCCUGCAAAUCUGUCUAGCACUGGUUCUAUGUAUCUGAAUGCUUUGGUUGACAGCGCAAUGGCCCUUGAAACAAAGGAUACCUCACUAGCAAGUUUUAUUCCUGCAGUGAAUGAUUUGACCUCUGAUCUUUUUCGUACCAAAUCCAAAAGUGAAGAACUCCAGCUUCAACUGGGAAAACUUGAAAAAAACCUGACAGCAACUCUAGUAUUAGAAAAAUGCCUGCGAGAAGAUCUUAAGAAGGCAGAGCUCCAUCUGUCUGCUGAAAAGGCCAAAGUUGACAGUCGUCUUCAGAACAUGGACUUCCUGAAGGCAAAGGCAGAGGAAUUCAGAUUUGGAAUCAGAGCUGCAGAGGAGCAGCUUUCAGCUAGAGGCAUGGAUGCUUCUCUGUCUCAUCAGUCACUAGUAGCACUGUCAGAGAAACUGGCAGAGCUAAAACAACAGACUAUACCUUUGAAGAGAAAACUGGAGUCCUACUUAGACUUAAUGCCGAAUCCAUCUCUUGCACAAGUGAAAAUUGAAGAAGCUAAGAGAGAAUUAGAUACCAUUGAGACCGAACUUUCAAAGAAGGUAGACAUGAUGGAACUGUGACCAGAGCCGAACAAAUAUGUUUUUCCUUAGCAAAAUAAGUUAAAUAGAACUUUACGGGGUUUUUUAAUCUGCUUGGCAUACCUUAACGAAAUUUCUGUUCUUAGUUGAAAUAGUAAUGUCCUGUUAACAGAAUAAUGGUCCCGAGUUAUACAUUGCAUUUUUGUGCCCAGAUACAAUUUUCGUAUUA